AUGGAAGCCACGGCGCGUCGACAGCAUGCAUACAUGACGAUCUUCGCAAUCUGGAAACUACACGUGGACACACGGAGAAAAGGCCUCCAAGUUCUUAUCUUAGUAAUUUAUUGGCUGUUAGCUGUGGCUUCCGUUUACUCACGCAACUUUGAGGAUGUAUGUCGUAACAUCAUCAAUCUCUCCCCCAAAUUUGACCAAGGAUUCAGCACAGAAAUUACGACUAAAGGGUUUGUUUGCAACAUCUGUUCGCAGACUGCUCCCCACUUUCCAUUCCUCUUAUUACUUGCACCCCGUCUCCUCGUUUCAGCACGACAACAAGCUAUGGGUUCCAUCCAAGAGGACGUCAAUGAUGCGAUCAAAAACGGGGCACUUGACGACAUUGUGAGCUUUGCAGAGCUUCACAAGCGCAGACAGAACUUCGAGGCACAAUGGGAGCUGCUACCCGACAUUCACCAUCGUGGACGACUCGCUUUCGACACUGCCGUCGACGUAGACGUCCCGGAGUCGAUCAAAGCAGGAGUACCAGUAGUUUCUGUCCUGCAGCGGGUGCUCGAUGCUAUUGGAGUACUUUACGACGAAAACACACGUCGCAACGCAGAGUCAGUCCCAAAACGCGAAAGCACUCCCGAGCACGAGUCUCUGGUGAAAGACGCGACACCCUCUGAGCGACCUGAAGACAAAAACGAGCAGCCACGCGAGCAGUCACAUGAGAUAGAAGAAAUCAUAGAAUCGAGAGAGUUAUUAGACUGUGAUGAGCCAGAGAGCUCGGAGGAACAGGUCUACGAAUCCGAGUCAGACUACGGAAAGCCCUUAAAAGGAAAGGGCAAGCUCAAGAGAGGCAGAAAGAAGACGAAAGACAGCGAUGCCACCAGAAUUAACAUUGCAGUGGCAGCCAGGCAAAAGAGAAUGUGUCUGAAUCACGGCACACCCGAUCGCGAUGCGAAGAACCCGAAGCGCCACCUUUUUGGUCCGAGUUCCGAAUUGGGAGACGCCAGCGCUACGCUUUCACAGACACCCUCAUCACCCACAGCCAAGAGCAAAACACUGCAAACCACCGUAGCAGCAUCUUCACGUUCUCGCGCUCACAGCAGAUUAUCGGUGCAAGCCAAAGUUGCACCUAGCAAACCGCCCGCUUACUUACCAUCUUCGACGAACGACAGCAUAAAUCCCGCCGAGCCACCAAGUCUCGUCGUCAAACUCAAGAUCCACAAAGCGUCUGCGCCCAAUCCAGUACACGUCUCAAGACCCAAUUACCAUCCCAAACGCGUACGUCCAAGAAAGCGCAAGGGUGAAUUCAAGAGUGCGGAAGUUGUAGACUCAGAUAACGAGUACGACGUUAUGAAGGAAGAGGUCCCCACCAAGAGUGCCAAGGAGAUAAAGCGAGCGACGCGCAAGACUACCAGCAAGACUAUGAGCAAGAUCAAGACACUUGUCUUUGGCAGGAAGGAAGAAGAGGCAGUGAAUGGAGACAAGAACGCCGAUGUUGAAAUGGCCAAUCCGGAAACCAGCUCCAGGAACGGUACGACGCGUGAGACCCGGCAAAUGCGAAGCGGAAUGACAACACGUGGAAAGCAACCUACUAACACCUCCAAGGCCAAACAAGAUACGAGGAAGCCCAAAUCACCAAUGCAGCCAGACACGAAGGUACCAAAAAAAGUUCCAGGACCUCCAAAGCCGAAGCAAAAUGCCACAAGACGUCCCCGACGAGGUGCCAUGUCUUCACCGUUUGAGCUCUUCGAGCCGCUUGCCCCAGAGACUGCCACACCGGCACAAGAAGACGCCCCCUCAAAUCCAUCCUCAGACUCGGCCGUCAUACCAAACAGCCCUUUGCCUCCGCUCAUUGCUACUUCACCUGGUCCACGCUCAAAGUCUCCAUCAUCUCCCUCAAAAAACGAGACGCCAUCCAUCGCCUCUCCAACAGCCCCAACCACCCUCACAUCCCGAUCCUUCGCACCAUUUCCCCCACUCUCUCCCCGGGCCCUUACCUCCUUCACCCGCGGCGCCCGCAUCGCGCUCGAAAACAUUCUCUCCGACCACCAAUCCGAGCCGCUAACCAGCCUCAUUGACCUAAUCGAAGAACUAGACGACACACGACCGAUCGUAAACGACUGGGAGCAUGUUACGGUUAUGAAGGGCGGGUGUUGGGUGUACCAGGUUAUGAGGGAUGUGUGGGAGGGGGUUGUGGAUGAGGAUGAUGAAGAGGAGAUGGAGGUGGAUGUUAAUAUUGAGGAGGUGGUGGGGAGGAUUGGGGGGUGGGUUGAUAGGGAGGUGGGGAGGUUGGGUGGGGAUGGUGAGGGGGAGUAGGAUGGGAGAGGAAUAGAUACAAGGCUCGUGGAGGAG